AUGCAAAUCUUUGUAAAGACAUUGACUGGCAAGACCAUCACUCUGGAGGUCGAGGGAUCCGACACCAUCGAGAACGUGAAGACUAAGAUCCAGGACAAGGAGGGAAUCCCACCCGACCAACAACGUCUCAUCUUUGCUGGCAAGCAGCUUGAGGACGGUCGCACCCUCUCCGACUACAACAUCCAGAAGGAGUCCACUCUCCAUCUCGUGUUGAGACUCCGUGGAGGAAUGCAAAUUUUCGUCAAGACCCUUACCGGCAAGACCAUUACCCUUGAGGUCGAGGGAUCCGACACCAUUGAGAACGUCAAGACCAAGAUUCAGGACAAGGAGGGAAUCCCUCCCGACCAACAGCGUCUGAUUUUCGCCGGAAAGCAGUUGGAGGACGGCCGUACUCUUUCUGACUACAACAUCCAGAAGGAGUCCACCCUUCACUUGGUGCUCCGUCUGCGUGGAGGUAUGCAGAUCUUCGUCAAGACCUUGACCGGCAAGACCAUCACCCUUGAGGUUGAGGGCUCUGAUACCAUCGAGAAUGUUAAGACCAAGAUCCAGGACAAGGAGGGAAUCCCACCCGAUCAGCAGCGUCUCAUCUUUGCCGGAAAGCAGUUGGAGGAUGGCCGUACCCUCUCUGACUACAACAUCCAGAAGGAGUCCACCCUCCAUCUGGUGCUCCGUCUCCGUGGAGGAAUGCAGAUCUUUGUUAAGACAUUGACCGGCAAGACCAUCACUUUGGAGGUCGAGGGAUCCGACACCAUCGAGAAUGUGAAGACCAAGAUUCAAGACAAGGAGGGUAUCCCACCCGACCAGCAGCGUCUGAUCUUUGCCGGUAAGCAACUCGAGGAUGGCCGCACCCUCUCCGACUACAACAUCCAGAAGGAGUCCACUCUCCAUUUGGUCCUCCGUCUCCGUGGAGGUAUGCAGAUCUUCGUCAAGACCCUUACUGGAAAGACCAUCACCCUUGAGGUUGAGGGCUCGGAUACCAUUGAGAACGUCAAGACCAAGAUUCAAGACAAGGAGGGAAUCCCACCCGAUCAACAGCGUCUCAUUUUCGCUGGAAAGCAGCUCGAGGAUGGACGUACCCUCUCUGACUACAACAUCCAAAAGGAGUCCACUCUCCACUUGGUGCUCCGUCUCCGUGGUGGACAGUAA